AAUUCAUCGCCGAAGAAAGCAAUGAGCAAUUCUGGCAGUUUUUGGAAACGGUGAAGGAAUUAUCAAUAUAUAAAGAAGGAGUCUCUGAACAGUCUUAUUACGACUUAAUCUUGAAGAAAGCUGGGCAGUUCCUGUCAAACGUCCAGAUUAACCUGCUGAAAUUUUCUCUUGCUUUACGAGCGCACUCUCCAACCAUUCAGAUGUUUCAGCAGAUUGCAGCUGAUGAGCCGCCACCGAAAGGCUGCCGUGCGUUUGUGGUUAUCCACGGGAGGAGCACCUGUAAGGCUAAUGAAAUUAAGAAGUUUCUGACGAAGGCUGCUGCAAGGCCCAGGCCGUAUCUGUUCAGAGGAGAUCACAGAUUCCCUGCACUCAGUGAGACGGGCCCAGUGGUGAUCCUUUAUGCUGAAAUGGGUACAAAAGACUUUGCCACGUUUCACAAAGUUUUGUCCGAAAAAGCACAAAAGGAAGAAAUCGUUUACGUCCUUCGGCAUUUUGUCCAGAAACCCAGCUCUGAAAAGAUGUAUUUGUCUGGGUAUGGUGUGGAACUUGCAAUAAAGAGCACAGAAUACAAAGCGGUGGACGAUUCUCAAGCUAAAGGUGCAAGUAAUGUAACAGAGGAAGAAGACAACAAGGAAAGUGAUGUCCAGGGGUUUCUCUUUGACACAUUAAAGCAGAACUACCCAGACCUCAAAGAUAAUCUGACGGAGUUGAGAAAGUAUUUGGUUGAAAGUGCCAAUGAUACAGAGCCUUUGAAGGUCUGGGAACUACAAGAUAUUAGUCUCCAGGCAGCAUCUCAGAUCCUCACUGUCCCUGUUCACAAUGCUUUGAAAGUCAUGAAAGACAUCGCACAAAAUUUCCCAAUCAAGGCCAGAUCCCUGACCAGAGUGCUGGCAAACCUGCAAAUGCGGAAAGAAAUAAAGGAAAACCAAAAGCAUUUUCACGAAACCCUUGGACUUCAGCCUGGUGAAGCACGUUUAUUCCUAAAUGGCCUUCCUAUAGACUUGGAUUUCCAUGAUCCAUUUAGUAUUUUAGAAACACUGAAGAGUGAAGGGAAAGCAAUGCAUGGACUUCACACCCUUGGAAUUCAGGGAGAUAUUCUCAGUAAAUUCAUGAGAUUGUCCGUCCAUGAAGCUGAUGAUGCUUACGCAUUGGACUUCCGCCACUCUUCAAUAAUAUGGAUCAAUGACAUCGAAAAGGAUCAGCCCUAUGACAAGUGGCCUACAAGUUUUCAGGAACUUCUUAAGCCAGCAUUUAGAGGAAUGAUGCGACAGAUUCGGCGCAAUUUGUAUAACUUGGUCCUCUUUAUUGACCCACUGCAGGAAGAGGCGCUUGCCUUCAUGAAACUCGUAGAAGUAAUCUACAAUCAAAGGGUACCUAUAAGAAUUGGAUUUGUUUUCAUCUUAAAUACUGAUGAAGAGGUUGAUGGAAAUAAGGAUGCAGGAGUAGCUUUGUGGAGAGCCUUUAACUACGUUGCAGAUGAAGUGGACGUUGCUAAAGCCUUCACCACCACAACAAAUAUGUACCAUGAAGUAAAAAAUGGAGGUGUACUUUCCGUGGAGCACGUGAAGCUUGUUCUUCGCAGAGAAUUUCCUUAUGCCGACAUGCAAGACAUCCUGGGUGUCCACACAGACUAUGAUGAUAAUAGAAUGGCAGGAGCAGCAUUUUAUCAGAAGACUGGCCUGGGUCCAUUGCCUCAAGCCCUCUUUAAUGGCGUACCCUUUAAUAGAAAAGAGAUGAAUGUCGCAGAGCUCGAGACCUCUCUGCAGAAGAUCAUGGAUGCUACAGAGUCCUUCCAGCGGGCAGUGUUCAUGGGCCAGCUGAAUGAUCACAAAGAUGUAGUGGACUUCAUCAUCGAACAGCAAAACGUUGUUUCCCAUAUAAAUGAGAAAAUUCUUAGUUCUGAAAAAAGAUAUCUGAACUUUAUAUCUUCACCAGUUCCUGUAGAUAUGGAGGAUUACUCAACUUUUUCUUUUUUGGAUUCUCAAGAUAAAGCUGUCGUUCUUUCAGAAAAUAUGAACUAUGUCACAAGGAAAGAUGAAGAUGUAAUAUAUGCAGUUACCGUAUGGAUCGUGGCUGAUUUUGACAGGCCAGAUGGAAGGCAGUUGCUUUCUAAUGCACUGAAACACCUGAAAACGAGUAGCUACAUACAGAUUGGGAUUGUGAAUAAUCCCGCAUCAAAAAUAACCGAAGAGAACACACUGGUCGCGAGGGCGAUCGUGGCAGCUUUUCUAACGCAGAAAAACACCAGUCUGAGAAACUUUCUCGACAAGAUUGUUAAAGAGGAGACAGCAAAGUCCCUGGCAAGAGGAAUGAAGAUCAAGAAGCUUUUAGUUUCGGGCAUGGAUGAUGACGCUUUUGAAAAGAAGUACAACACAAUGGGUGUAGAUUCCAUUCGAGCUCACCGGAUCUUUUGUCAGGAGGUUCUUAAACUGCUUCCUGGGCAAAUGGCUGUAGUUAGUAAUGGGAGGGUAAUUGGCCCUUUACAUGAAAAUGAAUUCUAUCCAAAAGAUUUCGACUUGCUGGAGAAGGUGACACUAAGCUCUGCGGCAAUGAAGAUUAAGACCCUUGUCAAGGAAAUGGGCCUUGCCAGUAAACGUGGCAGUCGUUUAGUAAUGAAAGUGGAUGCCCUCCUUUCUUCAUUGCCGAAAACAGACGUCCGCCAAGAUGUUGAAUUUCUCAAAGAGCAACUCAGUGUACUGAAGUUAGAGCCACAGCAAAAUGAACCUUUCCUGGAUGUCGUUGGUAUUGUAGAUCCAUUGACACGAGAAGCACAGAAGUUGGCACACUUACUAAUUGUUCUUGGUCAGGUUGUCAACAUGAGGGUGAAGCUGUUCAUGAACUGUAGAACCAAGCUGUCAGAAGCACCUUUGAAUAGUUUUUAUCGUUUUGUUUUGGAGCCAGAACUCACUUCUGGGACCCAUAACGUCUUUCCUCGUGCACCUGGAGCAAACUUCUUGGAAAUGCCCGAAUCCCCUCUUCUGACUCUAAACAUGAUCACUCCAGAAAGCUGGAUUGUUGAAGCAGUGAACAGUUCUUACGACCUUGAUAACAUUCACUUAAAAGAGGUGGAGGGCAUCGUUGCAGCAGAGUAUGAAUUAGAAUAUUUGCUGCUGGAAGGACAUUGUUUUGAUGUCACCACUAGACAGCCACCUCGUGGGCUGCAGUUCACUCUGGGAACCAAGAAUAAUCCUGUGAAGGUUGAUACCAUUGUGAUGGCUAACCUGGGAUAUUUUCAGUUGAAAGCAAACCCAGGCGUCUGGAUUUUAAGGCUGCGUGAAGGAAGAUCUGAAGAGAUCUAUGAAAUAUUCAAGCACGAAGGGGCUGAAUCUUCUGAAGAAGAGGUUAUUGUGGUAUUAAACAGUUUCAGAAGCAAAAUCAUCAAAGUCCAAGUACAGAAGAAAGCGGAUAAAGUUAAUGAGGAUCUCUUAAGUGAUGGGGUGACAGAAGAAGACGGUUCCUUUGCAAGUUCUGUAGGGCAAGCUCAACUGGAAGGAAAAGAGAAGAAAAUUGAUAUUUUAAACAUUUUUUCGGUUGCUUCUGGCCAUUUGUAUGAACGCUUUUUAAGAAUUAUGAUGCUUUCAGUUCUCCGUCACACCAAGACACCAGUUAAAUUUUGGUUUCUGGAAAACUAUCUGUCACCAACAUUUAAAGAGGUUAUCCCUUACAUGGCUGAAGAAUAUGGAUUCCAGUAUGAGCUUGUACAGUACAAAUGGCCCCGUUGGCUUCAUCAACAGACAGAAAAGCAAAGGAUCAUCUGGGGUUACAAAAUUCUCUUCCUGGAUGUCCUUUUCCCAUUGGCUGUGGACAAAAUAAUAUUUGUUGACGCUGAUCAGAUUGUAAGAAGUGACUUGAAAGAACUCAGAGAUCUGAACCUGAAAGGAGCACCGUAUGGUUAUACUCCAUUCUGUGACAGUCGUAAAGAAAUGGAUGGCUACCGUUUUUGGAAGUCGGGCUAUUGGGCUUCACACCUUGGAAGAAGGAAAUACCACAUCAGUGCUCUAUAUGUUGUGGAUCUGAAGAGGUUCAGAAAGAUAGCUGCAGGAGACAGACUUAGAGGACAAUACCAGGCGCUCAGCCAGGAUCCGAAUAGUCUGUCCAACCUGGAUCAGGAUCUUCCCAACAACAUGAUCCAUCAAGUGGCUAUUAAGUCUCUCCCUCAAGAGUGGCUGUGGUGUGAAACUUGGUGUGAUGACAAAUCCAAGCGGAAGGCUAAAACAAUUGAUCUGUGUAACAACCCAAAAACUAAAGAACCCAAACUCGAAGCUGCUCUCCGGAUAGUUCCUGAAUGGGCCAAGUAUGAUUCUGAAAUCCAGCAGCUGAUCAGUCGAAACAGGGGAAGAAAGGAAAACAUGGCCCAGCCCUCCCCAAAAGAAUCUAAACAUGAUGAACUUUAAAAGUGCUGUCUGGAAUUCGUUCGGAUGGCACAACUGCCCUCCAACCUAACGUGGACUUCAGGGGAGCGGGAAGAAGCAGGGGCAGACUGCUGUUGGCCGUGGAUGUAAAUACUUCAGAGACGCUCUUAUUUUUUAAGAUUCACGAAUGUGAUAUUAAAUUAAAACAUUACUUCCCUGCCUAUUUUACAUGCAAAGUGAAGAACAGAAUGAAAAAGGAGGUCCAAGAAAAACAGUAGCUCUCCGGUUUCUAGUUUGGCCUGAUGGCCUUUCCCCCUUUCUUUUGUUUCCAGGGGCCAUGAAAAUGCUGGUGCUAUUUUCCCUAAGUACAAUGUGCUUGUAUUCCAUGCAGAGUUCUGGUCAGCAGCCUCUUGCUAUUCAAAGUGCGUGCCUCAGUAUGAGGUCAUGUCAAACGGACCGGCUGUAGCCAACACUGCACCUCCUCCAAUAACUUGAGACAACACAAUUUGAAGCCUGAAUUGCUUUUUCUGCCGUCUAUCCGGUAGCUUCCUCAGACAACUUUACUGUACUCUUAUUGACUUAAGAAUCAAUUGAAAAGCAGUUUCUCAGUGGAUUAAGCCCUUGGUUAGAAGUGCCUCGUGAUGUCAUUGUUCACCAUUUCUCAGUGUCAUUUAUAUAGUGUAUUUAAAAGCAGCGAUUGGGGGUCUGUCACUGUUUCUCUUAUUAAAACCGCCAGUUGUUAGCUACUGUUUUAAUUUGUUCCAAGUGCAUAAAACCUACAUGUUUUCAGGAUUUUUAAAAAAUAUACCUUUGCUCCUGGAGAUGUGGAAUACUAGGCCUUAGGGCAACCUGGGUUCAAACUCCUACUUUGACAUUAAAUUCACUGGUGACCUUAGGGUGGCCACAGACAGACACUCACACAAAAACACAUGCAACCUGGCCUAACUCACAGUGUUGUUGGGAAGACAGGACUAUCUAUA